CUGAGCAUAGCCAACGUGCCGGCGGAAACCAUCGUGGAGGACUACAGCUCGUCGGCAAUGUACCUUUGGCGGCGCAUCCCCGACCGCGCGGCCGAGAGGCGUCUGCGUCUCGACCCCGCAGAUUUCGAUGCUUCGGAAGAGUACCGGCAGGCCUACGAGACCGAGCGGAGCAUCGCCCCGCCGCACGCCAUGCGGAACAGCAUCGAGCACCUUGAGCGUGAGUACGGCGGCGUACGUCCAUACCUCAUGGGCGCGGGCGUCACCGAGGAAGAGUUGGAGCGUCUGCGAAUCGCGAUGGUGGAGUGA